GGCCGCCGAGGAGCGCGGGGGCGGGGCUGGGCUCGGCGUCCAUUGCGGCGGGGAGCGCGGUGGUGCUCUGCGUGUCACUUCUGGUUUCGUGAGGAGCGGGCAGGCGCAGUGCCAUUAGCUGCAGAGCCGUGCCUGGAAAUGUGCUUCACCGCCUUUCCCGUCUAAGAAAAAAGGACUGAGCUUUGAGGAGAAGAGAGCUCGCAUGAUGGAGAUCUUUUCUGAGACAUGUCUUUUAUGUUUUGCGCAGAAAGAUGUGUUCCAGAUGAAGGAUAUAGAGAAGAUUGCUUCAAAAGACAAAGGGAUUAGUUCUGAGGUGCUUGCCUUCCAGGGGCUCUCAUUCUGUGAAAUCAUUGUGUGUGGACAGAGAGCAGAGGAUACAGCUUCCAUGUCAGUGAAAGAGGUUCUGCAAAGCUUAGUUGAUGACGGCAUGGUGGACACUGACAGAAUCGGAACUUCCAAUUACUUCUGGGCUUUCCCAAGUAAAGCUCUUCAUGCCAAGAAGUGUAAAUUAGAAGAAUUGCAGACUCAGGUUGCAGAAACCAGUCAGAAAAAAGAGAUUUUACAAAAAAGCAUUGAAAAAUUGAAAAUUGGACGUGAAGAUACGGCAGAACGUGGAGCUCUGAUGAAGGAGCUUGCUGCCCUCCGGCAGAAAAAAGAACAGCUAAAGGCAGAAAUAGAAAAAUACAGGGAAUGUGAUCCAGACGUUGUUGAAGAAAUGCGUCAAACAAGCAAUGUAGCCAAGGAGGCAGCCAACAGAUGGACUGAUAACAUCUUUGCAAUAAAGUCCUGGGCCAAGCGUAAAUUUGGAUUUGAAGAGAGCAGAAUUGACAAAAAUUUUGGAAUCCCAGAAGAUUUCGAUUACAUUGAUUAGCUGUUCAGCUGACGAUGUCUGACACAGUUGUACAUAGUUUGUUACUUAACUGCCAGCUGAGCAAUAUCUGUGCAUCUGAAUCCUACCCAAAUUUAAUUUGCAGUUUUUGUUGAAUUUAAUAAAAUUCUAAAAAUGUUUGCAUUUCA